CGGAGCGCCGCUUCUGUGAGGCGCAGCUGAGGAUCCUUGGGGUAAGGAUCCUUUCGUGUGAAGAUGCCGCUUUUUGGGAAAAUUGUUAUCAUUAAACGGAAUGGGACGGACGGCAUUUAUUUUCCACUCACUGCCAGCUCGUGUUUAUUUGGAAGGAGAACAGAAUGUGAUAUUCGCAUCCACUUGCCUCAGGUCUCAAAAGAACACUGUAAAAUUGAAAUAAAUGAGAACAAGGAGGCAAUAUUGACUAAUUUAAGUACAGUAAAUCCCACUCAGCUGAAUGGUGGUUAUUUCCAGCAGCCUGUACCUCUGAAACACGGGGAUGUGCUAACUAUUAUCGAUCGUUCUUUCAGAUUUGAAUAUCCUCUCCAAUCAACUCCAAAGAAGAGACAAUCUAGAUCUCCAAAGGAUGAAGCACUGCAGGUUCUUCAUGUUCAGCAGGUGGCAGAAGCGGAGCUGUUACGCAAACAAACUUCAGGACCUAAAAGUCUUUGUUCUUCAGAUAAUGCUGACUGCAAAGAACAAAACACCGAUGAAAAUAAACAAAGUACAGAGGAAAACCGUUCAAAAGCCAUACCAGCUAAGCUACAAGCACUCAAUUCUUGCAAAAUACAAGAGCCUGCUAUAAAGGAAAAUGAAAUGUCUCCUUUUAGUAAACUCUAUGAAAAGCUGAAACAUGAGGUUAAAGGGAGAAGACUUCUACAAGAAGGAAACUUACUUCAAAAAACUGGAGAAGAAGAUGGGAAGAGUGUUCUGCUAGAGCCAAAUGCUCAAAUUUCACCAAGUUGUGUUUAUGAAUUGGGAUGCACAACUAAAGGAAAAAGAAUAGAUGUAAAUGAAAAUACUGAAGAAUGUAAAAUUAAUCAAGAUGUAAUUAAUUCAGAGUUGAGUCAGAGCUCAACUGUAGGAAAUGCUACCAGGAAGAGUCUUACAAAAACUCCUCAAAAUUCUGUUUCAAAGGAGAUGACAGAAGAUAAUGGCAAGGGAAGUCAUCUGCAAGAUUGUAAGGAGUUAAGUGCAUCUGGGAAAUCGAGAGGUCCUGAAGUUACACCCAAGCCCCGUAAGGAGAGCAGUGGGAAUGCAGCACGUUCACUGAAACCGUGCUUGAGUUAUGCAGACAAAAUCAACAACUCUGCAGUAAUAUUAGAGAAACUGACACAAGCAGCUAAUGUGACAAAUGUUUCAGAAGGCGUUAAAUGCGUUCUGUCUACACCAAGGCCCAGAAGGAAGAGCCUUCGGUCUGGCUUCAUGUCACCUGCCAAAGAAGUGUGUGGUAAAGAAUCUGUAAGUAUUGGGACUCCAGCAACUCGAGGAGAUGUGUUGGUCAAACAUGAGUCUUUUUCAUCAAUUUCAGCUGAUACUCGAGGGGAAGUUGCAGUGUGCAGAGAUGAUAGCCUCCGACAACUGCCUUUGGCAGAAAAUAAAUGCUUAAAACAGAGACGAAAUAGUAAACAACAAACACCAGGAAAAUCAGUGAAAGAAGAGACGCUGGCAGAAAUUUGUGAUCAGACAAAUGUUAACUUGAAAAAGAGAGAUUCUGGGUCUCCUGCAGCAUCUAAGAGUCCCAGAAGAAAAAGCAGGCAAAGUAAUGAGUUAACAAACAAAAGCGUCCAUUCAGAAACAUCAACUUCAGAAGAGUUCACAUCAGAGCUGGCAUCUGCUAGUCAGAAAUCUGGCUCUGGAAGAAAAAGGGGAAGGACGAGGACCUCUGGACAAUUAACUGAAAAAGCAUUGGAGGCGAAUACAGUUCAAGAACAUCAUGAUGAGACUGCAGACAGAAAAGACAGUGAAGCUAACCAAGAGCUGGCCAAUGAGGGAUGUCAAAAGAAAUUGGAUUUAGCAGAUGUCCGUAUUCUAAGACCUCAUAGAUUAUCAUCCAAAAGGUCUUCUGGAAGUGCUACUGUACCAAAAGAGAAUGAGACUCCUUCAGAAAGAAAUACUUCUGGCCUGUCAACUGAGGAGCAACCAGAUAAAAGGAAAUCUCAGAAGAGGACAAGUGGUGAUUUGUUACCUCAGCCUUUAGGAAAAAGAAAAAGAGUGUCUUUUGGUGGUCAUCUGAGUCCAGAACUCUUUGAUAAAAGCUUGCCUCCCAACUCACCCAUUAAAAAAGGUGCCAUUCCCGCAAGGCUGAGCUUACCAUUUGGAAACUCACCACGGGCAGUCCUGAAAAAGGGCCAGGGACUGAAGCACUUUGCAAUGCAGGAACUUAGUGUACAUUUGCAGAAAGAAAAAAUGUCACCGAGAAGUGUGUCGGCACAGAAGUCCCCACCUGGCUCAUCCUCUGCUUCUGGAAAAGCAACACCAACAUUUACUUUAAGCUCUCCACCUUACACAAAAGGACGUUUCUCUGUUUCUCAAAUAACGACUCCAUCCCCCACUGCAGAAGAGCAGAAUGCAGGUGUGAAAGAUAUGAGUACAAAGGAGGAAAACGCUGGCCAAGUGCAAACACCUAAAUCUGCUCAUGUUAAAGAAGAUGGGAAACCCUUUUUGAUGACUACACCUAACAAAUUAACCAGAAGAUCACAACAUGCUUUGAAGAAGACUCCCAUGAAGAGGAGAAGUGGGGCUGUGGCAGUACUCAGUGCGAAAAGAAGAAGUGGUGCUUCUAGUGCCAAUUUACUAGUUGCAAAAACUUGGGCAGAAGUGGUUAAAUUAGGUGUUGCAAGACCACAGGCAAAGGCUGUUAAAAAAUGUGUUCAGAAAGGAAGACCAGCAAGGAAAAUCACACGCUCACCAAAGACACCAGAAAGAAAAAUAAAAGGUCAUUUUAGUACAGGUCAUGCAGAGUCUCCUGCUACAAUAGUUGUGGGUAGAGCUUAUUCCACCACAGUUCAAACAGCUGGGAAGGUCCCUAAAGUGGUAAAAAAUCCGAUCUUGAAACAGAACAUGAGUAUGGAUGAAAACUUCACAGGACUGACCGAGAUGUUUCAAACACCAGAUAAUAAGGGUGGAAAAACCUUAGCUUUGACCACUGCUCAUGAUUUUACACCAACAUUCACUACAAUGGAGAUUUCUGAUCUGCAAACUCCUGAAGAAUCUGGAGAGAUGGUGGUGUCGCCAUUAAAUGCUUCAGAUGUUUCAGAACAGAAACAGGAUAUUCAAGACAUCUCUUACUUUCUGAGAGGGAGAGAGUCUCUAAAGUCUGUGUUUGAUGCAGUAUCCACCGAAACUCCUGAAAAGAGAAAAAGUAUGCUGAAAGAAGAUACUGGCAUGGAUAGUGUGUCAGUAAAUCCAGAGAAACAAGCAUCUCAAAUGAGGUCACCAAAUAAAAGGAAAACUCCAAGUCAGAAGUUGGAGUCAGUUGAAGUUGUAUCAAGCAUCAAGCAGCCUCUAAAGACCCCAAAACAGAAGUUAGAGCCUGUAGAGUCCUUGUCAGGUGUCAAGCAGCUCAUGAGGACCCCGAAGCAGAAGUUAGAGCCUGUAGAGGCCUUGUCAGGCAUUAAGCAGCUCAUGAAGACACCAAAACAGAAGUCAGAACCAACAGAGGUCCUGUCAGCCAUCAAGCAGCUCAUGAGGACCCCGAAGCAGAAGUUAGAGCCUGUAGAGUCCUUGUCAGGCAUUAAGCAGCUCAUGAAGACACCAAAACAGAAGUCAGAACCAACAGAGGUCCUGUCAGCCAUCAAGCAGCUCUUGAGGACCCCGAAGCAGAAGUUGGAGCCAGCAGAGGUACUGUCGGGCAUCAAGCAGCUCAUGAAGACACCAAAGCAGAAGUCAGAACCAGCAGAUGUCCUGUCAGACAUCAAGAAACUUUUGAGAACCCCAAAGCAAAAGUCAGAACCAGCAGAGGUUCUAUCAGGCAUCAAGCAGCUUUUGAGGACGCCGAAGCAGAAGUCGGAACCAGCAGAGGCCCUGUCAGGCAUCAAGCAGCUCAUGAAGACCCCAAAGCAGAAGUUAGAGCCUGUGGAGUCCUUGUCGGGCAUCAAGCAGCUCGUGAAGACCCCAGAAGAAAAGCUGAAGCCAGCAGAGGUCCUAUUAGGCCCACAGCAAAAGUCAAAACCUAUUACAGAUGAAAACGCCUCUGAAAAAUUGCUGGAGACUCCAAUACAAAAAAAAGAAGUAUUAAAAGAUGUGUCAAGAGUUAAUUUAAUUAAGAAAACUCCAAAAUUGAAAUCCCAACCGGUAGAAGACAUGAUUGGAAUCAGCCGUAUUUUCAAGACACCAAAGGAAAAAGUUAAACCCAUAGAAGAUGUAUUUGGUAUUAGUAGAUUAAUGAAGACUCCCAGAGAGAAAUCUCACCCAGUUGAUGAUUUUGUGGGUCUGAGUAGGCUGAUGGCAGAACCCAGACAGAAAAAUACUGAGUUUGAAGUGGAUUACAUUGGAGUGAAGGAAAUAUUUGAUACACCAGAGAAAACAAAGGUCAAGUCAGUAAGUGUUACAGAUCCUAAGCAAGAAGAUACUGUACAUCCUUCUACUAAUUGCAGUCCUGAACAUGAAGGCAAACAAAAUACUUCAGAAGGUAAAGAUUCUCAACGGAGGAAGUCAACUAGUGAAGACCAGUCUACCCAGAGACCAACCAGGGGCAGAUUGAGGAAGACUGUACAUCUUGCUUCAGUAAAGCAGACUGAAAAGGAUUUAAAUUUACAAGAAUUGCAAGGACUGGAGAAAAAGAGCUUCCAAGAAGAGACGGGAGAGGUCAGAACUUCAACUUCAGUAGCUAAAAGUCUAGGAAGAGGAAGGAGAACAAAUGCUUGUGUGGUAGAAGAAAACAUUUCAAAACAUAAUGAUGAGAAAAAAGUUGAAGCUGUUUCAACUUUGGGAAUGCGUGUUGCUACUCAAAGACCCAGAAGAGGUAAAAGGAAAGAAGCAGAGGAGUUAAAACUUCCGGAUGAGAGCCUUGAGUCUUGCGGCAAAGAUUCUUCGGUGUUACAAAAAGAACCUGCAACUGUGAAACUGGCUUUGCAGGAUUUUAUCAUCAGUGACGUAUCAAUAAAAGAUGAUGUUCGAAGCAUGAAGGCAGAAAGUUCAUCUAGGAACAGUCAAAAUGAAAAUUGUCAACUGCAGACAGAUUUUAAAAACUCUGAAAACACACCUCAUGAAGCCAGUCCAGGAGACAGUGAAGAAAUGCUUCUACUGCCUAGGAAGAGGGCUAGAGAAGUGAGAAAAGUAGAAAAUGCAGAAGAACCAAUCGCCCCUAAAAGAGGAAGGAGAGCCAAGAAUGACCAAGUUAAGCAAGCUUCUUCAGAGGAGCUUCGUGCAACAGCAAGGAGGCUUCGUAAACAACCAUCUGCAAAGGUAAUACAAGAGGAUGAGCGGGCUUUUGAGACUGCUCCAGCAGAACUGUCUGAGAACAGAGCCACAGUUGAAAUGAAGAUAACACAAAAAAGAGUUAACUCUUCAAGAAAUGCUAGAAAACACUUGACAGAAGUAAAAUCUAACAUUUGUGGGAUGGCACCUGAAAAUACGCAGAACGUUCAGAAAAUCAAGGAAACUUUGGAUGAAACUAUUACUGAAACACGGUCAUCCACCAAAAAUGAGAGGGAAGUGUCUCUGGGAGAUAAAGCUGAAAAUACUCAGGCAAAUACAACAGAAGCAUCUUGGAGAUUAAAAUUGCAGUCACCUCCUGGAGAAACAAACAAAAUGCCAACUACUGUUCUAGUCUUGGAAUCAAACAGCACAGUGCAAGAAACAAACAGAACUAGGAGCAGGAGAGGCAAGAAGGCCUCCUCAGAGCAAAAGACUGAUGAAUCUGCUAAAAAUGUAGACAGCUCAGAGCUAAUAACACCCAAAUUGAAAUCAGAAACAGAAAUGGAGGAAUCUGCUCCCAAAGAGCCUUCAGGCUGUGUUGAUGAAAAGAAGAUUGACAAAAUAGAAGACCAGAACUACACAUCUGUCACAACAGUUACUGCUGUAAACAGUAACAGUGGUGCUCAUAGCCAUCAAGAGCAGACAAAAAAUGAACAGGCACUAAAAUCAAAGCAAACUGAAAUUCUGCAAGAGAAUCAAACACGAAACAAUGGCUCUAUGAGGAGAAGAGGUAGAAUUAGAAAAGUUAAUUCUGAACUUGAACAAACCAGUUCCAAAGCACUUGGGCAAAAAAGGAAUUCACCUGGGGACGAGGAAGGGAUGACUUGCAAACAGCAAGAGACUUCAGAAAAUCCUUCUUCUCAAGUAAGGAGGAGCAGAAGAAAGCAAGUUAAUUCCAUUCCACAAGUGACUUGUUCUACCUUUUCAAAAGAGCAGGCCUUAAUUGAAGAUCAUGGUAAAGAUGAGACUUCUGUAAAAGACCACGAUCCAGCUUUGGAAACUACUCCCUCUUCAACAGAAGACAAUCCACCGAGACGGGGAAGAAGACGAAAGGUUGCUGUAGCAUCACAAGUGACAAGUUUUCUUUCUAUCAGAAAGAAACGUGGCUUGCAAGAAGGUGACGAUAAAAAGACGACUGUGAAAGAAGAUCAAAAUCCAGCUUUGGGAAAUGAAACUUUGCAGGCAGAGACAAAUGCAUCAGCAAGGGACAAAAGAAAAAAGAUGGAUCUAGCAGCAGAGGCAAAAAGUUCAUCUUCUCUCCAGGGGAAGUGUGGCUUGUCACAAAAUGGUGAUAAAGAGGCGAAUACUAAUGGAGAAAAAAAUAAGCCUUUGGAAUCAGUGUCCCUCACAAAAGUGAACCCAUUAGGAAGGGGCAGAAGGAAAGAAGCUCUGGUGUCACACACAACUAAUUCAAUUUCUCUUAGAGGAAAACCAGCUAGCAGUGUUAGAGAAGAGGCUCCUAAAGAGGAUAAUGUUCCUUUAGAAACUGUUGCUUCAUCUCUGAAAGAAAAUCAGCUGAGAAGAGGAAGGAGGAAUCAAGUGACCUUCUUGUCAGAAGCCACAAGUUCUGCUCAGAGAACACACAGCUUAUCAAAGGAAAGUGGUAGAAAGAGUAAUCAUAGGGAAGCUAAAAACCUGAUUUCUGAAAAAUCUGCUUCCCAAGAAAAAAUGGAUCUUUCAAAAGGCAACACGAGGACAAAAAAUAGCACUUCACAGCCUGUUAACUCUAGGUCUCUUCAGGGCUUGCCAGAAGAUGGUAAGAAUGAAUCCCCAGAGAAACAGCAGAGUAUGCUUCUGGAAAUAACUCCACCUUCAGAAGAAAAUCCAUCAAGAUUGGGCAGAAAAAAACCAGUUUCUUUCAAAUCUGAGUAUACUAGUUCCAGUUUUCUCAGGGAAAAACGUACCUUCUGCAGCAACGGAAGGCAAAAGGGAAAUCUUAAUGAAGAUGAAGUUACAUCUGUGGAAAAUAACUCAUCCCAGGAAAACCGUAGGCAGCUGAGAAAUAAGAGGGAGAAGGUAGAAUUCAAAUCAAAGGCAGCUCCUUCUACUUCUCUCCAUGAUAAGGGCAACUUGCCAGAAAAUGAUAACUCUUCAGGAACUCAAAAUAAGUGUUUGGCAUCUACUGGCUUUGAGAAAAACAGGCAGCCUAGGAAAGAGGUUAGCCCUGCUCCACAGCCAGCUUCCACUUCUCGCAGAAGAAAAUGUCAAUUGCCAGCACCCAAUGUCUUAGCACCCAAAAAGUUAAAAUCAGAUAAUGAUGAAAACAGAUCACCCAAAAGAGGAAGAAGAAACAAAGCCAAAGAAGAGCUUGACGGAACGGGUGUAAAAGCAACUCGGAAUCCUGGAGGAACAGACAGGAGAACAAGAUCAAGCACAAGAACCAGUGCAAGAACCAGAAAAUAGCCUUCACAGUUUCAGAAGCAAUUUUAAAAACAAUUCAGUAAUUGAACAAGUUUUUAACAUGAAUUGAAUUGCACUCGGGUGUUAAAUUCAGGUUUUGUAAAGCAAUCAUGAUGUUACAGAAGUGCUUCACUUGAUGUGUUUACAGAUACAGCAUAGAUACCUGUUCUUAGUAGAUCUGUCUGUAUAGUGGUUCUUAAACCAUGGGGUGCUUGUGCAGAAUGGCAAAUAUAAAAAUAAAUCCUUUUUAAUAGUAUUUAUCCCCUUCUUCUUUUGAUCAGUACAGCAGUCAGGAAGCCGUGCUGCUUUACAAUCCAUUUAAUUGUAAGCUAUUUUCUGCGUAGUUUCAUGUGCUUAAGUCUUAUUUUUCAUUAAAGUUUUGUAAAUAUUCUUU